AUGUCGUUCACGCAGCGCGCGCCGCAGGUUGUGGAGCUCGGGGAGUCUGCUUCCCCUUUACCGCCUCCUGACGACCCUGAUUCCCCACCACCCCGUAGUAAGCGGCCCCGUCUUGAGGAGCCCGGUGGUGUUUCUGAGGCGGGCUGGAGGCUGCCUUUGGUGCCUCGCUUGUCUGAGGUGGAAAAAGCCUGGGAGUCGUCGGCCAGACCCUUCAAGGCGCUCCUGGUUUCAGCUAAGGAGAUUUUUGAUAACUCCACAGACUCGCGUGUGGAGAAAUCUGUCGGUGAGAAGCAGAUGUGUAAUCUGGUAUGCCAAAAUAGCGGAUUUGAGAUGAAGAGUUGUUUGCGGUCUCUCCCCUCACAAAGUUUUGAUUCUGGUUUGAAGGCUUCUAGAACGUCUUGUGAACCAGGGCUGUAUGACAGAGAGUCCUUCGGUGUGCAUUGCAGUGAUAGAUCUGGAACAGAGGCUGGUCAGCUGCCCAACGCCUCUAUACAUGAUGGACAGGCAAUUAAAAACGAUGAUGGAAAACCAUAUUUACUCCAGGGGAGAGACAAUAGCCAGAAAGACAAUAAUUGCACAAAACAGACAGAAAAUUCAUUUUUAGAUGUUACCUUUUACAAGGAAACCAAAUCAACGUUUCAUGAUAUUAAGAACAGAUGUAAAGCUGACAGCGUUACGCCAUCAAAUAAAAAAGAAAAUAGCAUUUCAGCAUCUACACUAAAAAUAUCAAAAUCUCAAAUCCAGCCCAGCAUGGAAAUUGCCGAACCCAGCUAUUUCAGAGAUAGCAGCACGAUAAGUAUCCCUGAGUUUCCAACUGAUUUAAAUAGCAAAAUGUCUUCUGUCUAUUUAAAGGAAAUAAUGACGAAAAAUGACAAAAAUGAGGCAUAUGUGAGGGAUUUCACAAACAUUCACUGGUCCCAAAAUAGACCUGAUGUUAAGAAGCAAAAGUUACAGGAUGAUAAAAAAGUUGUGGAUGCAGAAAAUAUUUUUUCUGAAUGUUAUGGAAGUAACCACCAGUCACUCAGCAACCAAAGUGUUUGUGCGAGAAAAAAAGACUUGAUCAGUUUACACUACUAUAAUCACUGUAGUAUCAAGUCUGAUGCAAUAGACUCUGCAAAGAAUUUCACUAUAAAACUAGAAAAUGCAAAUUGGGAAGAGGCAGAAACAUGCCUGGACAGCUACAUAUCUACCAGAUCAGAAAAAUCGAAAAACUGGGACUGUAACAUUAGACAUAUUUUGAGAAAAAAUAGGAAAAAUUGUUGGAUUAUGGAUAGUUACAAAACUAAAUGUGAAAAUAUGAAAACUGGAGAAAUAUUGAAUUUGCAACAAUUAUUAGAAACAGAUCUUUUAAGCAAAGAAAAUUAUCACAAUACAGAAGUCAUGAAAACACAUGAAGAAAAAUCAAAGCCUCUCAUGAUAGAAACACUGGGUAGUCAGAAAGCUUCAAUAAAAAUUUUUUGGUUCAAAGGUAAAGGAGAAAACGAUAAUAUGCUACAGUUGAGAUGUUAUACUACACAAAAAGACUUUCAUUUAAGCAGUAUUUUUGAAAAUUUCAUUACAGGAAUUUUUUAUUUCCUUAAAAGUAUUUCAGGAAAUCAAAAAGAUAACAAUAUCUUAACCUGGUAUGGAAUUUUGAAGUGUAAAAAUCAAAUUGAUGUUCAAAAUCUAAUAACUAGGAAUAUGAAUGUCAAUAGAAAUAAUGAUAUUUUAAGCAUAUAUUUACAAACCGGUGUUUUAGACCUUCUAAAUAUUAUAUUGAAAACCAACAUAACAUCUUUGCUCAAUAACUCUGACUCUUUAACAAUAAUUGAAAAUUAUUCUAAAUUAGAAGAGAGAUGCAUUUUCAAAUGGGUAAUAUAUUUGAAUUAUCCAAAAAACAUUACAGUGAAAAAACUUAUCAGUUCCUCCAGUAUGACAAUUAAAAACAUACACUUUCCAAUUUUUGAAACAUAUGAAAAAAUUCCCCUUUUAAUGGACUUUGAUGACAUCGAUGAAAUUUUUUUGACAAAAAUUAGUUACAAGAAUAAGAGUUGUCCUGAACGACUCAUGAGUGUGGGAAACUGGGUGCACUGUAGUCCUAAAACUGUUAAAACACAUGUUAAGUCUUGUCCUCAAUUUAUACAGAUCCAGAAAUAUAUUAAUAAAAAAACUUAUGAAAUAAAUAUGCAGAACCAAGAUUUAUAUUCUGAAGGAAAACAAAAGCAUAAUAAGAUCAACAGAUUUAAUUUUAAAUGCAUAUUUGAAGAUUUCUUCAAUAUUAGGCAACAGGCUAUACAGGCAAGCCACGACAAAAAACACAAUGAACAAACCAAUCUGACAACUAUAACUCCGGUGCUAAAUUUUGGGGACUUGAUAAGUGAAAUUGAAGAAAAAAAAUGUGACUUAAUUUUGAAGGAGGAAGUAAAAGUCACAGCACAAAGUUUAACAAACAGUUGCCAAGUUCAUGAAGAUAUUAAGAUAGAAAAGGAAGAGAAAAAGAGUUUUUAUUCAACAGAAGGCAUAUUUUUUGUGCAACCAGUUUCAUUAAUGAAUAAGAAAGUAGGUGUGGAAGAAACUAAAUAUGUUAAUCGAAAUAAUGUAGCUGACAGAAAUGAAUCUGAGAAUAUUUUUCAAGAAAGUGAGUUAGCUAAUUCAAAGCAUUUUCAUCCAAAGAAUGACUCUUCAGAAUGUUUUAAUCUUCAGUUUGACACUCAUUUGAGUGUUGGGAACAAUGAAUGUUUUCAGGACUUAUCUAAGUGUUUAUCAAGAGACGCUCUGACAACAGUAAACGAUUUUGAGAUGAAGAGUAAAUUUGAUUUAGUACUUGAAGAACUUCAUAUGUUUCAUGAAAUUAGUAUGGAAAAUGAAAUUCUAAGCACUGUGGAAACCAACAAUGGGCAAGAAAAUUACUUUGUAGAAAAUAAUGAUGUUGUGGAGGUAAAAACGGAGAUUAAAAAAGGUUUGAAAAUGGGUACAGAAAACAAAAUAUGUUCAUCUUCUUUGCUCUGUGAUACGAUAGCAGGGCCUAAUACGCAUGAAAAACACCAAAGUUUAUUUAAAUGGAAAAAAGUACCCAAAAAUGGAGAACAGGAAGUUCCUAAUGAAUAUUGCUGUCUAAGAACAUCAGAGGAAGAAUUACUCUACUCUACUUCUAAGGAAGAUUGUGAAAAACCUUCACCUGAAAGACCAGCUUUUUUCUCUGAUGAAUUUAAGGAAGAAAAAUUUAAUUAUUUACUGAAGGGAGGUGGUAACUUUUCAUAUGGAAUUUCAAGACUACUACCUCUUAAGACAUGCAGUCGACCAAUCAGAAUUGGUUUGUCAAGAAAAGCUAAGCUUAAACAACUUCAUCCCUAUCUGCAAUAAAUAUGUGACAAGAACUUAGAAGAAGAUGGUGGAGAGGAAAGAACAAGAUAAAGAUCUGCACACACUGAGGAAAAAGGCCAUGUGAGGACACGCAGAAAAGGUGGCCAUCUGCGACCCACGGAGAGACCUCUCACCAGACACUGACCCUGCUGGCACCCUUAUCUGGAACUUCCAUUCUCCAGAACUGUGAGAAAUAAAUUCCUGCUGUUUGAGCCCACUCUGUGGUUUUUUAUUAUGGCAGCCUGAGCUGAAUAACGUAGUUGGUAUCAGGAGUUGGUUUUAGACAUACUGAAUCUGAGAUGUUUAUUAGAUAUCUAAGUGGAAAUGUUAAGGGUAGGAUAGGCUAGUCCGGAGUUUUGAAGCAACACCUGUUUUAGAGAUUUAAAUCUGGUAGUCAACCGUUUAUUGAAGGUAUUUAAAACUGUGGAAAUGGAUGUGAUAACCAAGAGAAUGAGUGUAGAUAGAGGAGAGGACUAAAGAUUUAACAUUGGGACACUCUGAUAUUAAAAGAUCAAUAAAAAGAAGAGAAAAUAUCAAAGGAGAGGAGAGAAAUGCGUGAGCUAAUAGAAAAAACAAGGGAGUGUGAUAUAUGGAAAGCCAAGUGAAGAAAGUGUAUCACUCCUUUCUUAAUGAAGAAAAUGGACAUGUGGACACAGUGGGGGAAGGGGUGAUGGGACGAACUGGGAGAUUAGGAUUGACGUAUAUACACUACCAUGUGUACAAUUGAUAGCUAGUGGGAACCUGCUGUAUAGCACAGGGAGCUCAGCUCAGUGCUCUGUGAUGACCUAGAUGGGUGGGAGGGAGGUCCAAGAGGGAGGGGAUAUAUGUAUACAUAUAGCUGAUUCACUUUGUUGUACAGCAGAAACUAACACACCAUUGUAAAGCAACUACAGUCCAAUAAAAAAAAUGUACUGCAAAAAAAAAAAAGAUUGACAAUUGAGCUUAGCAAUGGCUUAGCAAUGUGGAGAUCACUGAUGAUGUUGAGUGGAAUGGUUUCAGUGCAGCAAUGCGGCAAAACUUGAUUGGCAUGAGUUUAAGAAAGAGUGGGAGAGAAAUAGGCCACAGUGAAUACCAGAGGCUUUUAAAGGAGUUUUGCUGGAAAGGGGAGCAGAGAAAUGGGGGUAGUAGCUAUAGGGGAAGAGUGAAAAGAGGAUUAUUUUAAACAUGGGAGAAAUGAUAGUUUCUUUGUAUGCUGAUGGAGAAUAAAGAGCAUAAAAUUGAUGUAGGAGAGAAAGGGAAGAAUUGCUACUUGUCUACGAGUAGGCAAAAAGAGAUGGUUAUCUAGUGAACUUGAGGGAGAUUGGCUUUAGAUAGGAGCUUACAAGUUUAUUAUUUCUGCUAACAGGUGAGAAGGCAGGUAUGUGUAGAUGUGAUGGUGAAAGUCUCUGGAUGUUCUCUUUUGAUUAUUUCAAAUCCUUCAUAAUAUAGGAAACUGAUUAUAUGCUGAGAUUGAUGUUUAUAAAGGAGGUGUUCGUAGGAUUUCCAAAGAGAGAAGAACAUCUGAAAUAGUUGUCUAGGAGAGUAGGAGAAUCAGUAGACCAAGAUCUAUGGGUUUUUUGUCUGGCAAUAUUAGUGUCCCAUUUGAGGUUCAUGGUUGAAUUUUAAAGUAAGAGCAGUCAUGUGUGGAAUUGCAUUUUCCUCCAGUCAUGCUCAGCUUCAUGUGUUCAGACUUAGAGUUGGUAGAGGAUUGGAUAUAACCAGUGGCAUAAAUUUCACCAAGCAAAUUCCCAUCAGUGAGAGAAGGGCAAGGAAUAUAACAAGGAUUAAUUAUCAGGAUUAACUAUGUAAUCUAAACCGGGUGAGGAGAAGAGUAAGGACAUCAAAAGGAAUGAGGGACCGUGAAAGAGUGGUAGGAUUAAUGACUUGGAAGUCCCAGUGGAAUCAAAGGAUUAUUGGGUUUGGAAGACUAUAGGAAAUGAGCUUGCAAGAUAGGAGAUUGUGGCAGAGAAUAAGAUGUAUGAAACUGAGAUUGUGGAGAGAUUGCUGUGUCUAGGAUCUGGCAAUGGGAACAAGUGACUGAGGUAGUACGAGAAGAUUAUUAUUAUAGGAAAAAAAUCAAGUAACUAACAGGUUGGAGUGCCAGGAGAAUUUAUUUAAAUGUACCCUGAAAUUACCACAAAUAUGAAAGGAGUAGUAUUAGAGAGUGAUGGUGAGCCAGGCUAAAAUUGUUCAGAAGUGAGGGGUAUGACCUAGGGACUUCAGAUGACAGCAAUAAUGUUGGUUUAGAGGGUGAAUUUGAUAACCUGGUUUCAAAGCUAUGGAUUUUUAGGAAGGAGGUAGGGCAAAUUCUUGAAAGCUGCAAUGAAAACAUGAAGGACAUUUACCCUACUUCAGAAUCAGUGGUAGAAGUGCCAUGGGAGAAACACCAGCCUCCUUUUGAGAAGGCUGCAGGGGAAGCAACGUUUUUAGGGGAGAGCCAAGUUUCCCUCAGUCCAGUAAGGUAGAAAAGGUUCAGCAAGAGGCUGACACGUUUGAGAAGAGAUUCAUGGAGCAGAAAUAAAAAGACUGAUGCUGGCUGGAAAUUGAUUGGAGUUAUUGGAGACUGUGAGAUAACUGAGCAUGCAGAGGAGGAAGAGUGGAUGGGGGAGAAACUGAGGCCAGUUUACCUGUGCUUAGCACUCUCAACAGCUUCAUGGAAUGUAUCCCAGACUGUGCCUUCCACCUCAUGUCUGCUCCUAUUCUGUCUUGUAUUUUAAGCCACACAGUGAAUUUAUAAAUAAAUUAACUAUCACUUUCUCACUAAAAAUGACACGCUUAGAAUAAUGGGCAUUCUCAGAAAGACCUGCAAUCCUUCCCAGUUUUCCUUGAGUGAAAUUUGUGUCAGUACCCUACCUAUUCUUUCCGUUAGCUUUAGGUGAAGAGCAUCCAUACCUUCCCCUUCCCCAGCAGGAGAGAGACCCUCCAUGCUCAAGAGUUUCUUGUUCUGUCUAAUAUUUAUCCCAUAUUCACAUCCCCUUCUUUCAGAUCACCCCAUUAUGAUCAAGAAUAAGGGGUCAGGGCCCUGGACUCCUUAUGAAAGGCUAGAAGGGAGAAUCCCCACAGCAGUGUUGCAGGUUGUUACUGAGUCUCCAAGCUUGGCAAGAGGUUAAUGACAUUCCUGUUUUGUUGCUUUCUAUAUUUAUUGCUUUAUGGGUAGACCAUGUGGCCUAUACUAUUUCUACAUUUUGUAGUGUAUUGAGAUUUUCUUCGUGGCCUAGUACAUGAUUAAUUUUUAUAAAUAUGCCAUAGACAUUUAAAAAUAAUGUGUAUAUUUUAGAUGUUAGGAACACAGUUCAAUGUCGAAAAAGUCUAGCCUUGUCAUUAUAGAAUUACAAUUCUUCUUUUGUGUGUGUACUUCUUUCAGCUUCUGAGAGGUGUAUGUUAAAAGUUUUCAUGAUUUAAUUUUUGUUGAAUCUCCUUGGAUCUAACUUUUUUCCAUUAUAUAAUUUGUUAUUGUGUUGUUUGGUGAAUAAAAUUUAAAUUCU